UAUAUAGUAAGGGCAAUAGAUGUAAUAUAUCCGUAAGGAGCACCGCCAGUUCUUGUUAUUUGUCUCAAAAAAGAGCAUGUACUUAGGUAUAUUCAAGAUAUGUGCAUUAAGUUAUGAAAUUAGCGCUGCAUGUCCCAUCGAAUUGUAAAUAGUUAAUUUUUAUAAAUUAUUUAAUUUAAUAUCAUGCACGACAAAUAAAAGUGAAUGUCUAUCAAAUAAACACGUAAAGGCCUCUUGUAGAAAAUAUUUCGAUUACUUCCAUAGAAAUUUUUGUACUGUUAUGCGUCUUAUUUAGAUGUAAACAUACUAAACAAAUAACAAAAUUCCACAUAUCUUGGAAUAGCAAAUAUUCUUGAGAUCGAUUCUACUAUGAUUUGACCGAUUUGUCUCUAGCAGUUUCACCAAAACUAUUAUUGACAUUGAAAUUUGCAAAAAACGAGGCAGUACUAUUUAAGAUUUGGUAGGUAUCGCUAACGAUUGGACAUGCGGCAUUGAGAAAAAUCGUAGGUAUGAUCGUAUGGCUUAUAAGUAUUUAUAAUUGUAAGAAUUCUCUCCAUUGCUAUUAACAAACACGUGACAUCAAAUUAAUUCCUGAUCUUCGUAGAGGACUCGCUUAACCAAGCGUUAAGUUUGUUGGUCACUCUAACAAUUAUUGAAGGUCCAAGAACCAAUGACUUAACGAGAGAUACUUUUCGACAGAACAAUUUCAUCCUAAUCUUCAUUCAUGUUUAUUUUAUUAAAUAUGUAUAGUCCACUUUUUAUUGCAUCGAUCUUUAUGUAAUCAUCUAAUUUAAAUUAAUUUAUUAUCGCUUAUUUGUUUAUACCAGAGGCUUUUAUACUACAUUUAAAGCCCGCAGCCCAACAGAAUUUGGUCUGUAGGAAAAAGUCUUUUGUUUUUAGGUAAACAAGUUAUUGUAUGUUUCUUCAUAUUGAGUUUGUGCUCAGAAGUUACCUAAAUAUGUAAUUUUGUAUAUCUAAUUGUGAGCUUAUUGCACAGGUCUGCUUAAGUUCCUAAAACCUGUUGCAGGCCACCAGUAAAUCGCUCACACACAGAUUCACACGUUUCGGUUUUCCUUUUUGGUGUAACCAUUAAGUACACAAAGACGCAUAUAUGUGCAUUUUGUUUCUUUUUUUACUAAACUAUUCUCUUAUCUAAUAUUCGUCGAUAAUCAAUGCUUUCUAUGUAUUUUUUGUAAUCGUUUUAUUUAUGAUUUUUAAAAACUUUGCGGGUCUCACUCAGAUACUCUUGUGCUGUUCUGUCCAGAAUAGGAGAAUUCUAAUAUUUAUUAAUUUAAGAAACAUAUAGUUUUCUGUAAGCUGUGCGCAACAAAAUACUUGUUUAUUAACUUCAUACAAUGGAAUCUUGUUACGCUCAGACAUUUACAUUGUGUAGAAAAGAAAAAAAAAAGAAAAAUUAACAUUUUGUUUACGAACAAUUAUCACUCACUGUCUCUUGUUGUUGUGGGUAACGACAUAGGAAAUCAUGUUUCUACGUAAGAUCAUUUCUGUCAUCUUCCGUUUUUUAAAACUUUUGUGAUAUCAAGGGUGAAAUUGUGUUUGCUAAUAGGCAAAAACAAGUGCGUGGUGCAUAAUGAGUGCAAUUAUUAUUGAGAUAUUCUUGUUAAAUGUAUGUAAAUAUAAUCGUAUAUCCCAUUACAUUAGUUUGGCAAAUCAACAAAAAAAAAACAAUCCUAUGCAAAAUGCCCUACUCGUAAAAGGCUACAAGUACAUAUAUGUAUUUAUCGCAAAAAGUACACGUAAUAUUAACAUCUUAACGCCUUAAUGAUAUUCAAAAUAUUGUCAUACAAUAAUGUACUUUUCAUUCGACAGUGCAAGUAAGAUAUUAACAUGUAUUCGCUAAAUUUUGAAUUAAUGGUUCAAUAAUCUUUCCUUGAGCAAUUGUGAAUUUUAAAGUAAAAUGUUUGCUAAGCCAAUUACUUUGAUUGGAAGUUUCCGAAAUCGGCCACUUUUCCUUAUUAAAUUACCAUUUAUUUUUGUAGACUAUCGUACAAGAAGUAUUGAUUUUUUAUGUGGAUAAAAAAGCAAAUUCUGAAACGCUUAUAUUAUAAUUGAAACAUAUGAUGAGACGACGAGAUUUAUUGAGUCCACAGCCUAUUAUCUAUUCAAAUUAAAUUAUAUUUUCUUUAAUCAGUGGCUUUCUUCUGAUGACAGAGCUUUAAAUUACUGAAUGAAUUGUAUUGUACAAAAUAUUUUUGAACAAUCAGAUACUUAUUGAAAACACCAUUUCAACCAAGGAUCCUCAAUAUAUUACAUAAAAAAAGCAAGAGAACACUCAGAGUUAUUAAUAUUUUGACAAUGUAUAUUCACACAGGAAAGCAAUGAUCAGUGUUGAAAAGGGGGUUGAUCUAUAACUAUUGCAGAUUUUUUUGUAAACUGUACGAGAUGUGCGAAUAUGAAAUAAAUAAAUAAGUUGACAGAUGUAGAUAUUCGUUUCAUUGUUUUGCAAUAUGUCGAAAAAUGCGUUAUACAUGUACAGGUGAAGUGUGUCAAACCUACAUAUGUAGUCAUUUUGUGCGUUUGGUUGCAUUAUUCUUUGUUAAAAAAAGUUAUUGUACAUCCUAUCUGUGCGCUCAUUGAAUUACGCUUCGCAUUCAUAUAAAUUCUGGCAAUAUAAAACUUUAUAUUGCAGCUGAAUGAUGUAUAGCAAGAUCUAUUUGUAUUGAAGUAGGUUUGCUAUAAAAACGCAAUGCAAUUAAUAAAUUUCUUUUCAUUGCACAUUCUUGUGUCCACAUUGAAACAGUACGUAUGUAUAUUCUUUUAAAGUCCUUAAUCAAAUUCAAAUUUACUCCGUUUGUAGCAGAGAAUAGAAUGAAGUAGAAAGUCUAACCAUUUCUAUAGAGUUAGUCAAUAGAUUCAUGUACGAGAUCUAGGAAGACUGUAGCUAGGAGAUAUUAUAUGUUACAAUAUUCACAAGAUACAUGCUCCUACGAAUUGAAAUUACUUUUAUAUAUAAGAAAAUUUAAUAUUAUCAUUCUUCUUCUUAUGAUUACUCAAUAUUUGCAUUAAGAAUAUCAAAUAAAUGCAUUCAAUUUUUAUCUAUUAUAAUUCUUAGAUAGCAAAUUUAUUUAAUAAAAUAAUUUAUAUUACACAUAAAUCUGCAUUUGUUUAAUACGUCUACUAUGGACAAUUCUAAGUUCAUGUCUUCAUUUAAUGACAACACAGAUACUUGUGAAACUUCAAAUGCAGUGUUCAUUUCACCCUCAAGAUGAAUGCUUUGCAUUGGAAUUUGGAACAGAAGUGUUUAGAAACCACAUUGUCGUUACAAGAUUUACGAGCAAAAUUGUUUCCUGAAAAAGAACUUGAUCGUGCUCCGACAUUGAGUGAAGACAAAUAUACUCCAAAAACUCUAGAAGGCAAUUGGUUUGAACGUAGAACAGUUUCUAUUCCUCAAAUUGUUGAUUGGAGAACUACUUACGAUACAGAUUAUAAGUCUCAUAUAAAUAAAACAUGGAAUGAAAAUCAAAUUACAAAAUGGGAUAACAAAAUUAAUCUUGAGGGUUUAACCAGUGAACAAAUACACAGUCAUAAAAAGGAAUAUUAUAACAACAUGACAACAACUUAUGAUUUGUCUUACAAUGUUUUAACAAAAGGUCUUACAGGCCCUAAAAUCAGAACAUAUCAUGCAAGAAAGCGGAAAUGGAUACCAGAACAAGAUUUCACACAAAGUUAUGGUAGUUUAACAAAUUUUGGACUGAAGGAUGAGAUUAAGAAAGAGUUAUAUGAAAGUUCAUUAGAAGGAUUAGCUACAGAGCGAUGGAAAACUAUUUACACAGAAGAAAUUGGUCAGCUAGCAGGAAAAAAUAUUAUACCAAACACUCAAUUUAACAGACGAAUAGUGGAUUUUAAUACACCAGAUCUUACAAAUUUUGAACAUAAAUUGUUAGACUUUAAACCCUGUUUGCUUCCAUUUAAAAUUAAGAAAUCAAAGGAAAAUUCGAAAUGCAGAAGUAAGGAUGCCAAACAUGUAAACACAGAAAUAUAUUAUGAUGUAUAUGUAUUACAUAAUGUUUACGCUGUGUUGUGGUAUAAUAAACAUGUUAUAUAUUUUUACAAAUGUGCAGAACACCUUAGAUUCAUGAUUUGUACAUGCACUAAAAUGUUAAAUACAAUAUAAAUUCUUAAAAACUAA